CAAAGCACGAUACGAACAAGAUGAAUCAAUGAAUGCAGAUAUUGAAGAACCGACGUUCUCAGAUGAUCUUGCAGCCCUCUACGAACAAGAAGCAGAAACACGCGCAGACAAGAAACGACGAGGAAUUGUGAUACAGCACCGAAGCUGGCCUUUGGCAGACGCUUUCCGCAGCGAAGACGACCGAUCUAAUUAUCCACCUUCGAGUCAGGUUCUCUACAAACGCAAUCACGACCCACCGUCUUCACCACCUGCGAUGCCCUUCAUGUCCUCGGCCAUCGCACCACCACCCGCACCAGUCACAAUGUCGCCCAAAGCAAAAGAGAUGACGAACAAUGUCUUCAUGGAAGACUCUGAUAGUGAUGAAGAGAUGCCUUUACCCCAGAAACAACCGAGCCCGGAGCAAAGUCAACCACAGGAGCAACCCGCUUCGAACAGCCAACAACCCACCUCGGCACCUACACAGUCGCAAGCCAGUCAACAGCCGACGAGUCAAAGUCAGAGCCAAUCUCACGACCUAGGCUUGUCUCUCUUCGCCAAACGUACUAUUCACAACCCGCUCCUCUCAUCAAACAAGACUCCUUCGACGGCAAGAGUCGCUAUCCGCACAUCCUCUGGCAAGUCGUUUUCUGUCAGAAAGAAGCAGAAUGCCGAAGCCUUGUCUACCGAAAGACUAGCAGCAUCACGCUCCGAAGUCGUUGAAGGAAGAGCUCAGAGAAAUUACUAUGGCGUCGAUAUCCACAACCUGGUCAAGGAAGCAAAGGCCCAACAAGUCAUCGACCAAGCAGAAGCAGAAAGAAAGGCUGCCCUGCCAUCGAUAGAGCCUGCUAUUCUUACCGAGGGUACAAGCAAGAGCCAGAGAACAUUGAUGUGGACGGAAAAGUACAGAGCCCGCAAGUUCACCGAGCUUGUGGGAGACGACCGCACUCAUCGGUCUGUCAUGCAUUGGCUCAAGCGAUGGGAUGAGAUUGUGUUCCCUGGCUCGAGCAGAAAACCCAAACAUCGCAAAAAUGCAGAAAACCCUAUCGAAGAACGACCGCAUCGCAAAGUCUUGCUUCUUACCAGCCCUCCUGGUCUAGGAAAGACUACACUGGCUCAUGUAUGCGCUAGACAGGCAGGCUACGAAGUUCAAGAAAUCAAUGCUAGUGAUGAAAGAAGCAGAGAUGUUGUCAAAGGUCGUAUCAGGGAUAUGGUCGGCACUGAGAACGUCAGAGGUGUGGAUCAGAAGACUGCUGCAGGCAAGAUUCGCAAAGCCGGCCGUCCUGUCUGUGUCAUUGUUGAUGAAGUCGACGGUGUUGUUGGUGGCAGUGGUGGUUCUGGUGAAGGAGGUUUCGUCAAGGCACUUCUCGACUUGGUUGCUCUCGACUCGAGGAAUUCGAACAAGACGCGCUCGCAACAGCCACCUGGAAAGAAAAAGGGAGACAACUUCCGCCUACUACGACCUCUCAUUUUGAUCUGCAACGAUGUCUAUCACCCUUCGCUACGACCGCUUCGACAAAGUACUGCUGCUGAGAUCAUUCAUGUCCGCAAACCAGCAAUCAAUUCCGUCGUUGCAAGAAUGCAAUCCAUCUUCGACAAGGAGAACAUUCCUUACGAUGGCGAUGGUGUGCGAAAGCUUUGUGAAGCCUCUUGGGGUAUGACCAACCGCAAAGAAGGUGGUUCGGGCAGCAGUACAGGCGAGGGUGAUAUUCGAGGGAUUUUGGUCGUGGGCGAGUGGAUCGCAGGCAGACUACGAGCUACCCACGACCCACUCGCAAACUCGAUGCAAAGACUAACUCGACGAUGGAUCGAAGCCAACAUCCUAGCAGAUCUCUCCCAUGGAGGAGGUUCAGCAAGAGGAGUGGGCCGAGGCGGACCAAAAGAAGUAGUCGAACGUGUCUUUAAAGAAGGCGCUGGCUUCUCGAAACCUACAAUGCUAGCCGCACCGUCAACUUCAACCACUGGCAUGAAGGGUGUAGCUGAAUCAGCAAAACGACAAGCCAUGGACCGCCUGCGCGAGAUGGUAAACACAUCUGGUGACAUUGACCGCAUAAUGACCGAUUGCUUUUCCGCAUUCCCGGAUCAACCCUAUCAAGAUGACAACUACCUCAGCAAACCAUCUGCAGCCUACGAAUGGCUAUACUUCCACGAUCUUCUUUCCUCCGCCGUCUUCAGCCACAGUGAAUGGGAAUUGGCCACCUAUCUCAGUCAACCAAUCCUCGCUUUCCACCAUCUUUUCGCCACACCCAAUCGAUCUCACGGUAUGACUGGUAAAUACAACGAUGCGGAAAACGCAGAAGAUGCGGAAACACCGAUCCCAUUUUCCGGCCCUCAAGCCUCCUUCCAAGCCCUUGAAGCUCAGAAAUCAAACAAGGAGAUCUUGCAAACGCUGCAAUCUUCGCUAUCACUGCCUCUGCUGCGUAUGUUCCCUGCUCCAGCGGCUAUGGCGACGGAUUUCGUGCCCUACCUCACGAGAAUGAUAAAUCCAAAUGUCACUCCCGUGGUUGUGCAGAACAGUGGUACUUCUACCGCUUCCGUCCGUAAGGCUUCUGAGAAGACAUUGGUGGCUAGAGCGGUCAAUGCCAUGACGGCAUCUGGUGUGCGAUUCGACCGUGUCCGCUUGGACUCGGAAACCUCCUCCUCCUCCACGAUGCACACGUCUGGCCCGCAAACGUGGGUCUAUCGUAUGGAACCCGCUAUUGAUGAUUUGGCUGUAUACGAGACCCUUGACCUGAAAGCUGCGGGAAUGGCUGCGGUGGAUAAAACACGAUUCGCCGUACGUCAAGUCUUGGAUCAAGAAUUCAACAUCGCGACCAAGAAAUCUGCGGAGGCGGCGAGGGUUACCAGAGGUGGUGGUGGUGCUAUCACUUCUCUCACCGAUGUCGUUGCUGGUGCUACUUUGCCCGCUGAGCAAGGCAAGGGCUUGAAGCUCAAACGAGACUUCUUCGGAAGAGUUGUUGAGAAAGCGGAAACAGCAGAGGAGGAAGACCAGGAUGAGGGAUCUAAGAAAAAGAGGAAAGUCGAGGAACAAGAUGCGGAAAAGAGGGUUUGGGUCACUUUCCACGAAGGCUAUUCCAAUGCUGUGAGGAAACCUGUUUCGUUGAAGGAGUUGAUUGGGGCGUUGUAGAAAGAGUAGGAUGGGAUGUUACAGAAGCUAGUAUCAAGUUUUUUUCUGGUUUGAUGGCUCCUUUUCUUGUUUUUUUCCGUCUUUCACUUGUUGUGUGUUCGAUAUCUUUGCUUUUGCUUCUCUUUACACGUUCAUAUGUCGUGUAUGCGGUCGCUGUUUACCUAGAGAUUGAUCCAAUGCUUUCUUUCUUUGCUGC